AUGGAGCUCCUCUACCAAACUCACUCCCCCUACGCCCGCAAGGUGCUAGUCUUCGCACACGAAGUCGGCCUCGCCCCGUCCCUCAAAGUCAUUCACCACGAAACCAGUCCCUUAUGGCGAAACCAAGACGUAUAUGCUCAAAAUCCCCUUGGCAAAGUCCCUGUAUUGAUCCGACCUGAUCUACCCGCCAUCUUCGACUCCGAUGUAAUUUGCGCAUACCUGGACACUUUACACUCUGGGAGACGGCUUAUUCCUGUCGGUGGCGAAAGUCGUUGGCAAGCAUUGCGCAUUCAAUCUGUGGCACAGGGACUAGCGGACAUUGGCAUUGCGGUUCGUUGGGAGACGGCGAGGCGGCCAGAACCUUUGCGUUACCCAGAUCUUUGCAGCGGGUUGAUUCAAAAGUUGACUGAGAGCUACGACUGGUUGGAGAAAGAACUUGAUGUUGAUACGCCGAUCCAUGUUGGACAUAUUGCGCUCGCAACUGCUUUGAGCUGGUUGGAGUUUCGGGAUUUGCCUAGUUUCAGAGGUAGACCAAGACUUGGAGCUUGGUUUGAAGCGUUUCAGAAGCGGCCAAGUAUGUUGGCUACCCCGUUAUUGGGCGAUACUAAGGAUGAGAAAGACUAA